GCGCGCGGGAGAGGAAGGAGGGAUCUGAGGGGCUUCGCGGGGCGGCGGAUUAGGCAGAAAGCGAAUGGAGAAUUCAGUCCCUGGACUGGAGGGUCAUACCUGCAGUUGUUCCUGUGUUGCUGGGAGAAGGAAGAAAGCUCCCGUAGGAGGAACUGCUUCAGGGCUGGCAGCCAAGGUGGGCGAAAUGCUGAGUUCAUCUGUCUCAAACUCUCCUCUAACAUUAAUGGCCCAUGGAGCCCAGAAGCCCAGCAGCUCCAGCCUCAGCAGCAGCUCCAGCAGCAGCUUGAACUUGAGCCGGGACGUAUUGCAGCGGAGCCUGGUGCUGUUCUUUGUGGGCACAUUUCUGGCACUCGUGCUGAACUUGCUGCAGAUCCAGAGAAAUGUGACUCUGUUUCCAGAGGAAGUAAUGUCAACCAUCUUUUCUUCUGCCUGGUGGGUGCCCCCUUGCUGUGGAACAGCAGCAGCUGUUGUUGGUCUGCUGUAUCCCUGCAUUGAUAGUCAUCUUGGUGAGCCUCACAAAUUCAAGAGAGAAUGGGCCAGUGUCAUGCGCUGUAUAGCCGUUUUUGUUGGCAUUAACCAUGCAAGUGCUAAAUUGGAUUUUGCAAACAAUAUCCAGCUCUCCUUGACACUGGCAGCACUGUCAUUGGGCCUCUGGUGGACAUUCGAUCGUUCCCGAAGCGGUCUGGGCCUUGGAAUUACAAUAGCUUUUCUAGCCACCCUGAUUACACAGUUUCUUGUCUAUAAUGGAGUUUAUCAGUAUACCUCUCCAGAUUUCCUUUACAUCCGAUCUUGGCUGCCAUGUAUUUUUUUCUCAGGUGGUGUGACUGUAGGGAACAUAGGACGCCAGCUGGCUAUGGGUGUUCCUGAGAAGCCUCACAGUGACUGAGUGUUUGGCUGUGCAGUGCCCUUGCGAAGGCAAAAUGGAGAUGGCUUCCUGAGUCUGAACUGGGAUUAUUUUUCUUGGAUAACCUGUGUGGGCUCUGUGCGCAAAUGACUGGUGAAGGAAUGUUAAAUUCACCUUACAGCAGCCAAGGGCUUACCUUGGUUUUCCAGAGAGACAUCUGUACUUGGUUCUCCUGUGGAAGAAUUCCAUAGAGACUUAAUACAUAGCAAGCCGUGCUUGGUGCCAGUGGUCCCAGGCGCUAGGUUCCAGUUGAAGUCACUGAAACAGCGGCCAUAUUUCAAAGCCUUGAAGCAAAACAAAACUCUAAGCUUUGUGCAGAUGCCCAAAGAAGGUUGACUGACUGGUGGUGCUGGAAGGUGGAAGUACAUGAGUGUCAUAGGAAAUAGUAUUUAUCCAACUGUUCUUUAAGAUAGGGUUGUCAGAGGAUCAGAUAAGAAUACAAUCACUUGGAUGUCAUGUGAAGGGAUAAUAGCCACAGGCACAAUCUGAUGGGAAGUUCUGCUUUGCAGGCCCCACUGAAAUGGGAGGGAGAAGGGCCCUGCUCUUUCAGUGGGGCUUCUACUGGAGAGCUGGUUUGGAGUUCCAUUUUGACUUGUGUGGGUUUUUUGCAGUUUCAGAUCUCUUGAGAAAGUCAAGCAAACUGUCUCGUUAAUAAAGAAGCAAUAAGUUUCCCAGCUGCUCAUAAGAUCAGCUGGCCCCUUAUUCCUGUCCUGCUGUCAAAUUAAACACAGCCAAAAUCCAUUCUUGGUCAGCAACUCACUUUGCUGCAUCUCCAAAGGGGGGAAGCCCUGAAGUCCCUUCCUGAUAAACCAGUCCUCAGAGUGCAGGACAGGAGGAGGAUUCUCACCCGAUUCCUGUGGGGUUUUCUUUCUGGGAGUCUUUCUAGUUUGGGGGCUCCGACUAUAGCUGCCAUCAAAAGAAGCAGGGCAGGCCAAAAGUGUUACUUCAUGCUUCUUAUCAGUGAACUCCGACUUCACACUGUGUUUCUGAAGAAAUCAUUGCUCUUGUUGUUUUUUUUAAUCCAACCCUAUAUGACUUGCAAUCUGUGAUUGCCUUGUUAAAAACGCCUACAUCACUGUGUUAAACAUGUGGGGUGUCUUAAGUAGUUUCAUAGGCAGCACAAUGGCAACUUUAAUAACAUAGGCCACAGUUGACCUAAUUAACAAGUAUUGGGUCUCAGAAUUUAGAAGUGCAAUGUACAACUGAGAAAUCUGAGCCUUGUCUCCCCUUAGUCUCCUUAAACAAUGGGGAGCUAUUAAUCUCAUUUCAAUGCUGCACAGAGGCAAAAGUCAGCAAUAAUUGAAUUAGUAAUACUAGUUCAUGCCUCCUCCUUCUCACUUCUAAAGAAAUGCUCUGGUUCUGUGCUUGUGGGGUGCAAAGUGCUCUUCCUACGUUGCCUUUUUAAAAAAGUUGUAUUAGGCAAUUGGCUCUUCUCCAUCUCUAGCACCAGGUAGGUCUUCCAAUCUAGUCAGGGGCCAUCAGCUGAAACUUGCAUCCUUCCCUUUGAGGCUCUUUUUUCCCUCUCAAGGAAGCCUCCUAAUGCAGGGUUUCUCUGGCUCUUGAAACCCAGGUCCCUUCUAAAUUGAUACUGCCUUCUUAGCCAACCAACUCGGUGGUACGCACGAGGAGAGCCUUUGUCCGCAGCCGCAUGUGUACAGCCUGUUGUGGACAAUAGGGGACUAAUAGAGCACUGGGAUUAGGGCGAAUGAGGUCCCCCCCAACCAAUUCUGGCUCCAGUGCUCAAGCUUCCACUGUUGGGAGGAAAAUGUCUUUGGUGUGCCAGCUGUAGGAUCUUUGCCCUUCCUGAAACUUCAGGUCCUCUUCCUCAGUGAGUGGCACUUUCCUAGUUAAAGUCUGAGAACCACCAUCCUAAAAAAAAUGUUUUUGAGUAUAUUUCAAUGCUGUUAAGUGUUUGGGGUUUUCUGUUCAUUUGUUUGAAACAGAGGUUGAUAGAAGAAGCCUUCAGGCAGUCAUGGGCAAAUCACUGACUCUGAAGCAGGUGGUAUUAUUGUUUGCAGUCUUGACUUUCUCUUUUUGCCUUCCAUUGGCUUUUAAAGGUAUAGCAGUUUAUCAAAGUGAGUUGAAUACAUAUUCAUGGUGUAAUGCUUUCUCUACACAUGUAAGAGACUGACUGGCAUUAUUUGAUGGCUAUGCCUAUGCAAACCUGUAUCUGUUUGUUGAUAUCAGAUUUCAGCCACUUGUGUUCCGUAACUUCACCCAGAAGGCAAAGAAGCGCUUUGAGAUAUCCAUCUCCCCAGUACCAGAUAGAACUAAAAAGGACAAUUAUAGGUGUAAAUAUGUAAUCAUGGAAAACAGUUAAGUAUUUUAUUCGUGAAGGUUUGAAAGGAAAUCUUUCUUUUGACAAGGUGGCCAAAAUACAAGUCAGAAGUUCAAUCUUGCCAAUAUUUGUAUGUAUCUGAACCAAAGUGAUCAGUUUGUGUUACAAUGAGAAGUAUGAGGGGGAAAACUUGCACUAUUCUUGAUUGGCAUCCUUAGAUUCUCCGACUGGGUAGGCUUUCAGUAGUGGUGUGUGUAUGUGUGUGUAUUUUUUUAAUUAUUAUUAAAGGUUUAAAUCAA